CACAAUAGGGCUAAUAGGAAGUGCCAAGUCUCUCCGUUAGACAGGCUCUGAAACUUACAUAGGCCUAAAUAUGAUAGACGGAGGAGAACGCAUAUAGCGCAAAUGUUUGCAGUAACUCAAAUAGCUUUCUAUGGCAUUAUUUAUGAUUUUUAAAGGUUUUAUUUUAUAGUAGUGUUUUAGACGGUAUUUUACCUAUAUUAAACUUAUUUUAUUUUUAUUGUAAUUGUUAUGAUGAAGUGUGUGUGGUCGUUGGUUGCUGUAUGUGUGUUGUGUGUGUGUGUCGCGUAUAAACCAGUGAUCAUCGUUCACGGGCUCUUCGACACCUCUGCUGACUUUAUCAACCUACACCGAUUCAUCAACCUGUCUCACCCAGGUACUAAUGUGACUGUCCUAGACCUGUUUGACCGCAGUGCCAGCCUGCAGCCACUCUGGAAGCAAGUGGAAGGCUUUGCAGAAGCCAUCUAUCCCAUCAUGCAAAACGCAGCUGAUGGCAUCCACCUCAUCUGCUACUCACAAGGUGGCCUUGUGUGUCGGGGAAUCCUGUCCACUCUUCCAGACCAUAAUGUGCACUCUUUCAUAUCUCUGUCUUCUCCGCAGUCGGGACAGUAUGGAGACACAGACUAUCUGAAGUACCUCUUCCCUCAGUUUGUCAAAUCCAAUUUGUAUCAUGUAUGCUAUACUGCAGUGGGUCAGAAAAUCUCAAUCUGUAACUACUGGAAUGAUGCUGUCUGAUGUUGGAGCAACCCUCAUAAUCCCCCCAUUCAAAAGAGGUACCAGGUUCAGCAAAGAGGACACAGAAAAAACCCAGAACAUCGCCCGACUAAGAAUCCUGGUGGAGAGAGCCAUCAGAAGAGUGAAGGAAUAUCAUAUCUGGGACACAACCAUUCCUUUGACCCUUUCAGGGUCCGUCAAUCAGCUAUGGGCAACUUGUUGCCUAAUGUCCAACUACCAAGGCCCUCUGGAUGUGAAGGGUGAUGUCCCAGUGUGAAACCCUUAACAUAGGC